CGCACCAGAGUGAACACAGAACUCCCAUUCGUGGCCUAACGAUUAUUUUAUUUAAUUAACCCGAAUCGCCAAUUAAAUGUUUAAUUUAAAAAUCGUGAUCCGGCAUUUCUCCUGAAGGUGGGAUUUAAUUUUUCCAUUGAAUUCAAACCGAUAUUUCGGUUUUCGUCGGGGCGAAAACGAAAAUCGAGGAUAUCUCCAAUUUUUUAAUAACAAAACGGGACUUUGGUGGGGAUUUUAACAAUUUAAUUCAGGUAAUACGAAUUGCACUUGAAAUAGUGAUUGGACGGGGUCAGUGCACUCUAUUGGUAUUUGUAUUUUUCAGUGAUAAACAGUGCGUUAUCGUUGAUUAUAAAAAUUGAAUAAAUAAAAAAAGGAGUGAGGGAUUUAUCUGGUGAGCGUGUCAUCACUUGACAGCAGAAACUCGGUGGCCUAGUUAAGUGCAUCGAACUAAUUGAAAAAGAUAUAAAAAAAGUACUGAUGCUACGAGUGCAGUAGAAGUCUGUGAAAUUCGAGAUCGAGAUAAAAGUUUUUAAAAAAUUAUUUCAUCUGUAAAAGUUUGAGACGAUCUCUCAACCAUUUCUGUCCUGUCACCAUUUUUUAUUCCUCAACCCAGAGGUAAUCUUCGGGUGAAAUUUUACAAAAAAAAUCUCACGAUAAUGCGAAAAAUAACUGAAUUGGUGAAGAGUCGGGCGAUCAGCUGACUGAGACUUUUGGUACGUCGACCUGACGUUCGUCGUGAUAAUUUUGAUAAAAGGAAUAACUCCAUCGGUAAUAAUCAUCAGCGGUGUUCCAUCAUGACUUUCAGCGCAUCCUUUCAUGAUGAUAAGAAUCCAUUCCCUAAUCAGAACUUGCACCGGCCGAGUACCGUAGCUGGUGAGGAGGAAAUGCUGAGUGGGGGUUUGGCAUCGAAAUUAAAAUGUCCCACCCCCAUAUCACGUUUGAGGGUAGAAAAAAUAGAGGGUGGCUUAAUGGUGGCUGGAGUGGUGAUAGCGGCAAAUUGUCAGAUAGCACUUCCAGCAUUUGGAUUUCUAUUCAUGUUUGCGGGGGCUGUUCUCACUGCUGCUUCUUAUCGAGGACCUGGAGAAGAUGAGGACAAAGACUCUUACGCCGCGAGGAUCGCCUUCACCGGGAAUUCAAGAAUUUUGGGUCCCAUUUGUAUUGCUAUUGGUCUAUUGAUGCUUGGCCUUGGCGCACUUCUCUGCAUGUUAACCAGACGUGCAAGGAGAAGAGAGAGAAGAGUGGGCUUCCAUUGUCCUCUCCAUGGAGAUUUCUAUCCAUUGAGGCCAAUCCAGGGUAUUAGCAAAAUAGGUGUUUCGAAGAAGGAAGUCGGUCGCUGGACUAGGAUUUCUUGCUUCAAGAAUCGAUCGAAUCGAAGAUCUGGUGCCAAUGGGUUCAUGGGACCUCAUGUGGGUCCACCCCAAUGUCCACAUUCGAUCUUGAGCAGCACCAGGAGUUCUCUCAGCAGUUCACCACUCAGUCCUUGUCCAACGCCGAUGCCAUUCCUCGUUACUUCCAAUUCAGUCAGUAGUGGAAUGGUACAGAGUGUGGGUGUUAAUAUGUCACCGGAUCAGACCUUCGGAUCGAUUCGAUCGCUUUCUGUGACCCGAGAGGUUGCGAGUUUUCCCCUUUCAAGAACACCUACGCCACCACCGCAGCACAGGGCUCCAGUGACUCUGAUAACCACCUCCGAGGAGAUGAAGAAUUCCCCACAUCCUGAAUCAUCACCACGUCCAGAGGUGCGGGUUAUAGCUCCAUCCCAUCGUCCAUCUUCCACUUUAACAACGAGUGCAUCCGGGGGAAGUCAAUCAUCUCGAAAAUCCGUCAGCAUUCUCCUCCCGGAAUCAGCAGGAUGACACCAGCACGGUUUCAUCCAUCGAUGUGAUGAUUCGCCUCUGUCAAUGUAAACAUCAUCAACAUUUUUUUAAAAUGUGUCCACCUCCCGCUAAUUAUUUUCCUCCCCUCAAAAUCGACUGACAAUUAAACUCAAUUAAAUUCACUCGAUAAAAAUAAAACCUUGAAGCUACAAUUUUGCGCGCGAACGAAACGAUAAAUAAAUUUUUGAUGUCCAAAAAACAAAAAGUUAACGAAGAAAAUUAAACCCGAGUUCAUUCCGUUGUUCAGUCUUUAUGAUCGAUUGCUAAAGGGAACUCACAACUGAAUCAAUAAUUCAGAAGAAUAUUUCUCUCUUUCCUGUUAUUUCUUUACUCCCUGAAAUAUCAAGGAACUUACGAGGAAAAUAACGGAAAAGAGUAAUCCCCAAUUUUUUUUUUCAAUCAUUUUUUUUCUGAGUUAUCAAUAGAAAAAUUCUGGAGACACAUUCCAUUUUAUCAUGUGACAAUCAGAGGCAUUCGGAGAAAAUGAAUCAAAGGAGUGAAAAGAGCUUCCCUAGUGUUUUCAAUUAACAUUUAUUUCAAUUAUCAGUAAAUGGGAUUGAACGUCAGGUGCAGGUGAUUUAUUCAUCGAAGACUCUGCAGUGA